CCUGGCGCUCGCCUGUAGUAGCUCCUCCCGCGUCCAGCCCUGGAGAUCUCGCUUUCUUGCCGACCGUUUCCCCGUCUGCCCUGGACGACGAUGGAGAGAUCUCCGAUUCUGCCUUUCCCCGCCGCCCACUGAUGCUUGGGUCGUCUCCCCGCUGCCCCCCGGCUUUCUGGCGUGGGUAAGCAGAGAAGCUCCUGGGCAACCGCUCCCCGAGUGUCCGACGCCCCUGCUUUCUGCCCACGGUUUCCGCACAGGACCUGUCAUGCGGAGUCCCCAGUGUCUUCUUUUGCUCUUCCAAGCCCUAGUCCCUGGUCUCGCUGGCUCCUCCGAGAGGCACCCUGAGCAUGAACAUGCUCAAGAAGAUCCAGUGUUCCUGGAUGACCCUACAGCACUCAGAUUCCUGGGUCGUAAGCCACUUUACAACCGCUGGGAUUUUGAACUGAUUGUCCCAGACAACCUGGAACGUGAAUGCAAAGAAGAAGUUUGCAACUAUGAGGAAGCCCGUGAAGUCUUUGAAGAUGACAUCUUAACAAAAAACUUUUGGGAGAGUUAUGUACACAAUGGGAAAGGAGGAAAAAGAGCAUCAGGUGUGGAUGUGGCUGGUUUGGUAGCUGGCCUGGUAGCAGCACUGGUUUCUGCAAUCAUGAUUGCAAUUGUGGCUAUGUAUUGCGUCAAAUACCGAGCUAAGGAAAGAAGACGGUCCAGGAGUCAGGAGAAUUUGCCACACAGAUUGCCUCUUGGCAUCUCUGGGGAGGAGCCAAAGCCAGAGUCAGCCCCAGGACUUCCCACCUAUGAGCAAGCAUUGGUGGCUUCAGGCAUGCAUGAUGCGCCACCUCCACCUUAUGAAAGGAAUAGCACCAACUCGGCCCCAGCAACCUGAGUUGUCAGCAGCAGAAGCAACAUUUCUGGAAGACCUCCCCAUGCCCAUUUUGCCUGGUGCACAAGCAACACGAUGGUUGCACAUGAGGCCAAGCGGGGGGUGGAAAUAUGGGAGUAUGUGACAUGGACAAUUGACAAGUAUAUUAGAUUUGAAUGUGCACUAUAUGGAGAGUGUAUGUGUGUCCCCAGCAUGCAAGAGAGACUGCUCCAUUAUAUUUUUUGAGAAAUGAAAAUCUGACAUUACAAAUGUGAAUAAUAUGAUGACUAUUCACUAUAUAGGCAUGAAAAUGAAUUGCCGUUUUGCACAGAUUCAUCUGGCUUAAAUUUCUUUUCUAUUCUCCACUACCUGCCUCAUGAACCAAAUUCAGUAUAGUUGUGGUUUCUAACAUGCCAUGAAUGUGCAAGAGUUGGACAGAGUCUCUGUGUGUUUUAGGGUAGACAUGUUUAUGUAUGAUAAACAUGUUGUUUUUGUUGUGAGCCGUCCCAAGGCUUUGUUGCAUAGAAAUGUUUUAAAUAAAUAAAUAAACGAUCAAGAACUGCUUAAGGCCUGAGACUGAGACCCAGCCUAGCAAGCCACCAUGGAGAUUGGGUGUUCAGGGCUCUGUGUGGGUGUGGAAGGGAAUAUGGGUGCAUAAGGACAGUCCUUGGGACUGGCAGGCUAGGCCUCACAUCAGUAUUGGCAGCCUGGCCUCCUCCCUUUGCCAGUUCAACAGAGCAGCUUCCCUUGCUGGAAGAAUCCUCUGCAGAGGAAAAGCUUGUACCCAGAAGCAGAUGGCCGCAGGUCCAUUCCUUCAAAAGGGGGCACCUCUGAGACAAAGGCUGAGCAACCCAGUUAGUCAUUGAGAGCAGUGGGGUCUGAAGAGGCAGGCCAGGAGAACCCCAUGUAAGAGGAAAUGCCUUUUUAUCAAGAGAGGUUCCUUAGGAAUAAAGGAUUCCUUGCAAGCAGAGUUCUCCUCACAAUGAGGGUUCCUUCUAGAAACCCUCAGAUGUGCUGCAGCCCCAAGUGAGGCUCUGAAACCUACAACUUAUAAGCAUCAGUGCUAGGCAAGAAGGGCACCGAUGCUUAACUUUCAGUAUCCUGUUUCCUCCUGGACUGAUAUAUUGUGCUGCUAACCCCUGGAUUCCCAAUGAGACCCUGCUUUUGAGCUGCACUUUUUCUAGGCUGGAAAUAAUAUGUAUUUUUGACCUUUUGCUUGCUUUCUGACUUUACUGAAUGAAUUUGCCCCUAGUUUGCAACCAAAGUAGGGGAGCAGUCCCUGCUAAAGCUACUGACCACAGGAUUCCAGUUCUGGGGAAGGCUGAAGAAUGUAAGAAUGUAAAACACACCAGAAGCUGCCUUACACCAGGUCAAAUUAUUUGUCCAUCUAGCCCACCAUGUUUAUUCUGAGUGGCAGAUGCUCUCUUUAGGGUCUUAGACAAAUAGAGAUCUAAGAUACCUGAGUCUUAGAUACAGAUACCUGAGCCUUAAAAAUAGUUUUUAUAUUGUAAGGGAUUGAACAUGGAAAGCCCUGUAUGUGUUGCUUGUGCUGUACCACUGAUCUACAGUUCUUCCCCACCCAUAAGAUGUUGGAGAGGGGUUUCAUAUGCAAUUCCAGUUGACCUCAACCCUUGGGCCACUUGAAUAAGCGUCAAAAGUAGUGAAUGAGCAGAAAUGCUGUUAGGGUGUCUGGGUAAGAGGUGACUGGGAAGGGAUGAUGUUUCAAAGGUUAAAGGAGUCGUGAACUUUGGGAAGUGAAUUUUUGUGAACUUUCUCGGUUGUAGAAAAAUUGUACAGUCCUGUCACAAUGUGAGCAUGCAAGAGCAGGGACAAAAUAUAUGUUUACAUGCACUUCCAGCAACUGUAUUGCACAAAACUAUAGGGUGAUAUGUAAGGCGGGGAAUUAUCAUAUGCAAAUUUGGAAAAUGCUUAUGCAUGCACAUAUGUGAAACCCAUCCUGCCUUCCAACUUGCCUGUCCUGAUACAUUGUUCUGCGCUGUGUACAGCAGAGCAAAGAGAUUCUGUGAUCUUUGGGGAAAGGGAGCACUACUACUCUUGAGUGGCAAGAAUGUACUCCAAUAACAAAGUCACCUGUGAAUUGUUUAAUUGUGAUUUUUGUGGAAAAUAAAAUAUUAGUUGUUUUUCUUAA